ACGACUACCGUGGGAGUCCUCAGGUGGUACACUCAUACUACGUCUUACCACGAAAGCAGUGCUGUGCUUAUGUCAGGUGAAAAUUUUCGCUAAUUCUUCAACUACGCAGAUAUAGACCACUAGCAACUGUGCCGGCCAAAGUAGGAAAAAAGGGUAACCUCCAGGUGUCGUGAACUUGCAGCUGGCCAUGCAAUAGCAGACAAAGAGACAAUACCGGAAAACGCCAUCGUGCAGCAACUACUCAAAGUCUUUAGCUAAAUGUGGAAGCCACCCUUACAGAAUGGAGGAAUACAAUAUCCAAGACAAGAGCACUAUCAUGUCCUUAGAGAGGGAAGACACAGAGGCGUCUGUGAAAGAGGCGUUACUGGAGAGUAACCCCUUAAGCGAUGAGGACAGACUUACUUUCACUGAUCCGGGGUCUCUGGACGCAGAAGGCGACGAGGCCAAAGUGGACGCUACGAAGCAAAAGCUUUUACUUUUGCAGUCGCAAAUGGCUAAAGACGCAGACUGCAUCGAGACCGUGGCAGCAGACGAAAACAUAACGACUGUAGAGGAAAUUUUGGACGCGGAGAAAGGCGUGAAGCCUGCGGGCAACAAGCCGGAAUGGCGGCGUAAGGUUGACAGGGCAAGGACCAAACUGGUUUUUGUUCGGAGCAAAGCAACGUCUGCGUACCGGGUUCUACAGCACCGCCAACCCGUCCCCGAGCCAGCUCCCAAACCAGAACCCGAGCCAACAGAGAACAAAAAUAAGCCGCCAUUGCGAAAGGCGUUCGACUUUUUCUGCGUCUUCGACGACGUAAAAUACACCUACUGUUGUUUGUAUAUCGGCUACGGGACUGUUGUACUGGGGCUCAUACUGAUGAUUGUUGGCGUGAGUCUUCUCUGGCUGUACGGAAACAAGAAAGCGAGCAGUGUGUACGGAUUGCCCAUAUGGCUAGGACUUCUUCUGAUUGUAGUAGCGGGGCUGAUCAUCGCCAACUCACAAUGGCAGAAGGACAUAGAUGACGUGGCAGUCGAGAACGAAGAAUAUGAGGAAGAACAAGAAGAGAAAAAGAAGGAAGACGAACUGCAUGAAGAAGAGAGAAAGCUCUUGGAGGAAAUAGUGGUUGAGCAGCCUGUGGCGCUUCCUGCCGUAGUCGUGGAGGAUGACCCACAGAAGACGGCCCUGUCAGAUGACGUCUUUGGUACGAACCAAUCAGAUGCCAUGAUUGGUACAAAUCCAUCGAAUGGCGUCAUUGGUAUGAAUCCAUCGGGUGACGUCAUUGGUGCGAACCAAUCAGAUGGCGUCAAUGGGACGAUCCUACCAGAUGACGUCAUCGGACCCUUCUACGGCGCAUGCCUGGAGGAAACGGAGAUCCUGGAUGAGGACGGGAAGGCGGUGAGGCUGACAGAAGAGGAGGUGUACGCCAGUCUGCUGGAGGUCGUCCCUGCCGACAAGCUGCGGUCCAUCCAGUGCAUCCGCCGUUUGUGGCGACUCCACUUCCUCAGCGAAAACGUGAAGAACCAAAUCGUCGCGGACGGGAUGAAAAUAAGAGGAAAACAAGUCGCCGUGCUUGAUUACACCUCGUUCACCCUCAAGAAGAGAAAGACUCUUCGCAAACCGCCGACGCCGUCGCCGAAACUCGUCAGACUGACGAUCACGGCCUUACCGGACUCGGUGGAGGAUUCGGUGCUACGGAAGGGACUCAAAGAUCUGGGAUGUAAGGUCAAAGGUGAGGUGGAAAGGCUGUCGCUUACUCGUGACGGGCAGGAGACAUUCUGUUACAACGGGACUCGAGUGGUGUACGUAGAAAAAUCGGACGAAGUUCAAAUCCGUAAAAACAUGGUCUUGUGUGGACAUAGGGUGAGCGUAGCAGAAGGGAAAAUGGGAGAACCAAAAAAUUCACAAAUGUUCGAUGCAAAUGGGAACGAAAAUCCGGAAACACCAUCCGCGGUCACAGCACCGGAGGAAGAAAACGGAGAAAUGUCCAACGGAUCUCGCUUCGGAGAUUCCGGCAUCCAAACGCCGGAUUCCGGAUUUCAAACGCCAGAGACAAGAUCAGAGCUACCUCUGCAGCUGCCAGCCACUUUAGAAGAGAACACUGUAGUGUAAAAUCGUCUCAUGCGGAAUGGCUAAGGAGUCCAUCUUUCUUCAACCAUUUAGUUGAGUAGUAAUGUCUACAGCAGGCUUCAGUUCAACAGCAAAAACUGCAAACGUACUUCUCAUGUCUGUACAUGUGUAUAGCACAAAGCAGUUCCAAAUCGUUAGGAAGUUUCUUGGGUGAUUCUGCGCUGACUUCAUCAUUAAUUUGCAUCUGCAGUGAAAUAUGUGGGAAAAACUUAGACGAGUUCCUGGUAUGACGCUCCGUGUCAAGUUAACGGUUACCAAUCGUUAAACUCUCCCCUGUAAAUUUGAUAAAUAUACAUUACAUAAAAGAAGGGCUAUUAUCAAAGUGUUAUAUGUAUCUAAAGGUAAAUUGUCGAUGUGUACGAUGUAUGCUGUGGUGCAUAUUUAUAUUAGAAGGAGUAGAGCAUAGGCAGGAUUGAUUUGCCGUUGUAAACUUGCGCCUGGGUGCUGAACUCAAGAAACAACUAUUGCUAUACUCCAACAUCACCUCACUAGUUGGAGCUGCCUAUUUAGCAAGAUGAUUAAGUUGAUAUAUUAGUAAUUAAACUGAAAAAAGCAAAAUGGCCACCGGAUGGUGUAAUACACCAAAGAUGGCGGCGCCCACGAUUGCAAAAUAGGUUUUCGCAAACCUGUAAAAUAUUUGCAUUUACACAUGAUGAUGAAGGACUCAGUAUCGGUCCCGGUUUGGCUACUAGGUGCUAUAAAUGCAGAUCAAUUGGUUGUCUAUUAAACGAUGGUCAACAGUGAGUUGUAUCAUACUCUUUUUGGCAAUGCUAGUGAUGUGAUUGCUUUGUUAUUGAACACAGCUAUCAGUCAGUUAAUAUUGUCUCUCUCAAGUUGAUUGAACUAUAGCCUAUCACUAACAUCCAAGUUUGUAUAAAAUGUUCCAAGUCUACAUUUCAACAGCAUAUACAUUCAGAAUCGGAAUGUAAACCAGCACGGGUACGUCGCUUCAAACAGCAAAAGUUUUUUUUUUAAAACGUGAUCAUUUGAAAGUCCCCUGUGUAACUAUGUGUAGCUGGGAUUUGGGUGUAGGAAAUACUACUGUUAGUUAGGUAUGUGGAAGCUUAUGUAAUAUGUAUAAAUAAGAUACAUGCAGCGGAUGCACAUUC